CAGAUGCUUCAGAUUACUGUUUGCUGCUAUAAAGAAAAAAAAUCAGCUCUGAACAAAACACCCUGCUGUCCAGACUUCAUCUUCUACCAUGGAGAUCAUCACUACAACAGAUACAGCCAUGACGGUGCAACCUACUAUAUUUCCACGUGUGGGCUACAGCAUACUCUCAUACCUCAUGUUUAUAAACACACUAUUUUCUGUGUUUAAUAACUUGUUGGUGAUCGCUGUGAUGCUUAAGAACCUGCAUUUUCUGAAUGCGAUGAACGUCAUCAUUCUCAGUCUGGCCGUGUCAGAUCUUAUGAUCGCCACCUGCGGCUCUGCCAUCGUCACCAUCACUAAUUACCAAGGAUCUUUCUUUUUAGGGGAUGCGUUCUGUGUUUUUCAAGGUUUUGCUGUGAACUAUUUUGGCCUGGUGUCUUUGUGCACUCUCACGUUACUGGCAUACGAGCGGUACAACGUGGUCUGCAAACCCAUGGCAGGCUUCAAGCUGAACGUCCGCAGGAGCUGCCAGGGUCUGCUGUUCGUCUGGCUCUACUGCCUCUUCUGGGCUGUCGCUCCUCUGCUGGGCUGGAGCUCGUACGGGCCGGAGGGCGUCCAGACGUCCUGCUCAUUAGGCUGGGAGGAGAGAUCCUGGAACAACUACAGUUACCUCAUCUUCUACACGCUCAUGUGCUUCAUACUGCCCACCGCUGUCAUUGUGUACUGCUACAGCAACGUCCUCGUGUCCAUGAGAAAGAUCAACAAAAGCAUUGAACUUCAAGGGGGGAAGAACUGCCUGGAGGACAAUGAACACAUGGUCCGGAUGGUCCUGGCCAUGAUCAUCGCCUUCUUCAUCUGCUGGUUGCCUUACACCGCCAUCUCUGUGGUUGUAGUUGUGGAUCCAGAGAUCUACAUCCCACCUCUGGUGGCCACCAUGCCGAUGUACUUCGCCAAGACCAGCCCCGUCUACAAUCCCAUCAUCUACUUCCUUACUAACAAACGGUUUCGAGAGUCCUCUCUGGAAAUCCUGUCCUGUGGUCGAUACAUCCCUCGUCACACUGGUGGACUAAUGAUGUGCUCGACCCAGAGGAGCCAAAGCAGGAUUAAUCCAGUCUGAUCUGAGGAGGAGGUUUAUCAGGAGCUGGAGAUUUUAACAGUGUCUUUGGUCUGCAUGACAUCCCUCACCAACCCUAUCAUCUACGCAGCGGUCAACCCUCUGUUCUGCACAGAAUUUCACAAUCUCAAAGCAAAAUGGAAAGUGUUUUUUACAAAUUCAUAGAGUUUAUAUUCUUGUGGGGACAUCAUAGUUGAGAUCCCACUAUGCCAAACGUCACAUCUGAUCGGUUUAUUGGUGUUGUUUUGUGUUGUCGCAUGCUGUUGGCCACAAACUGAAUAAAUCUUUAGAAUAUCUAAGACUGUUAAUAGAGUGAAACAGAUGCUAUGAAUGUUUGUAAACAGCCGCAGUUUUGUAACUUUAAAAAUACAGCGUUUUCCAUCAGAUCAUAUUUUGGAAGACAAUGUUCAGCCUUUAACUUUGAGGAAAAAAUCGAAUAAAGAUUGAGCAUU